UUUUUAUUUUUGCUAUCUCUUUCUUUGUGUUCCCAUAUUUCUUUUCAAUAUCAUGUCCCAUUCACACUACCCUACCAAUGUUCCCUUCACAUUACCCUAACAAUGUCCCUUUCACAUUACCUACUAAUCCUCACUUCGCAUUACCCUUCCAAUGCCCCCUUCACAUUACCUAACAACGUCCCUUUCACAUUACCUUGCCACCCUUCACACUACUUACCAAUGUCCCCUUCACAGUACCCAAGAAUGUUUCCUUCACACUACCUACCAAUGUCCCAUUCAUACUACGUACCUAUGUUUCUUUCACAUUACCCAGUAAAAUAUCCUAUUCCUACAAUCGAACAAUGUCCUCUUCACACUACCUAACAAUGUCCUCUUCACAUUACCUACCUAUGUUCCUGUGCCGAAACAGAUUUUAAAAAAUAAAAGACGAAAGUCGAUUGUCAAAAGAAAGACAAAGACGAAAGGCAAACGGCACCUAUUUCACACUACUCUAAUUAUCGCCCAUUAUUACUCAAAUAAAGUUUUUUAUAUUUUUAGCUGUUAAUUUCUACAGUCAUUUUACACUUAAAAAAUAAACUUUAAAAAAUCCAAAAAAAUGGAAGCAUUACCCUCACAUAUAAACGGAAUUGUAACAGAAAAUGGAGUUAUAUCAAAUAAAUGUGACGACCAACACCCAACAAAAAAUGGUUAUCACCACCAAAAUGGAUAUAUUAAUGGAGUAAACAAAAAUUUAAAAAAUGUUGUUGGAAAUGGCUGUGAAAUGCCAGCUUUGAAUGGGUUAACUAAUGGGCAUGCUAAAGAUGCAGUUAAUGGAACUAUCGCCCACAUUCCUCGUCCAUUACGGCCCAAUCAACGUCUUCGAAUAGCCCAAAUAGCUCCUCUAUUUGAAAGUGUACCUCCAAAAUUGUAUGGAGGUACUGAACGUGUAGUUCAUUAUUUAACAGAAGAAUUGGUACGUAGAGGGCAUCAAGUUACUCUUUUUUGUUCCUCUGACAGUAAAACUAGUGCAGAAAUGGUUGCUAAUGAUUUUUGGUAAAAAAAUUAGAAAAUUAAAAAGCUAGGGGGUUAUUAACUUACUUCCUCCUCCCCUUCCCUCCCCUUGACACCCUUUGGUUAUAUUUAAUACCGAGAGGUAUUUAAAACAAAUUUUUUGAGGUCUUAGGAGAUAGACGACACCUUAGGACAUAAAAACUCGUACUUUUUAAUGGAAGUUAAUCUUAAAUUUGGUAGAAUUAUAUAGACAGUUCCCCUUACUUUUUUUCUCCCCCCCCUAAAGUUGUAUCUAA